UGCGUUGGUCCACUGAGUCCCAGUCUCCGAGACUGACCCGGUCGAUAUACUUUGGUUGCUAAAAUUUUGCUACUCAGAUUUCGUUGACCGACAAAAAGCGACGGACGCCCACCGACAAUGGGCUCCAUUCUUCUUUAGCACUGUCCAAAAAUAUUAUAAGAAAUAAUGGAGAAUUCUAAAGAUAAAUUCUUUAUUUUGUUGGUUAUUCUAUUUGUGCACAUUGCUCAAUGUUGUUGUGCAAGACUUGAUGAUGAUGGAUGCAUGUAUUCAGGAAACUCGCAACAUCGGUGCCCACCAAAACCACCAAUUAAUUAUAGGUUAAAAGAAAAAGAGGUUCUUGAUCAAAUACUAGGGAAUUACGAUGCUAGAAUACGUCCUUCGGGAGUAAAUGGAACAGGCGACUCUCCCUGUAUUGUGUUUGUCAACAUAUUGGUACGUUCCAUCAGCAGAAUUGAUGAUUACAAAAUGGAAUACAGUGUCCAAUUGACUUUCCGUGAACAAUGGAUGGAUGAAAGGCUGAUGUUCAACGAUUAUAACGGUAAAAUGAGGUACCUAACAUUGACUGAAACUAGUAGGGUAUGGAUGCCUGACUUGUUCUUUUCAAAUGAAAAAGAAGGCCAUUUCCACAACAUUAUCAUGCCUAACGUAUACAUUAGAAUAUUUCCAAAUGGACUAGUGUUGUAUAGCAUAAGAAUAUCUUUAACUCUUUCAUGUCCAAUGAAUCUUAAAUUAUAUCCACUAGAUCGUCAAACGUGUUCAUUAAGGAUGGUUAGCUAUGGCUGGACUACUGAUGACUUAGUAUUCUUAUGGAAAGAAGGUGAUCCAGUUCAAGUCGUAAAAAAUCUUCACUUACCUAGAUUUACACUGGAGAAAUUUUUAACAGAUUAUUGUAACAGUAAAACUAACACAGGUGAAUAUAGUUGCCUAAAAGUCGAUUUACUGUUUAAACGUGAAUUCAGUUACUACUUAAUUCAGAUCUAUGUUCCAUGUUGCAUGUUAGUAAUCGUGUCAUGGGUGUCGUUCUGGUUAGAUCAAAGUGCGGUACCGGCUCGUGUAUCGCUAGGAGUUACUACCUUGUUGACAAUGGCUACACAGACUUCCGGUAUUAAUGCAUCUCUACCUCCAGUUUCCUACACUAAAGCCAUUGACGUAUGGACGGGAGUUUGCCUGACAUUCGUGUUUGGGGCACUACUCGAAUUUGCUUUGGUGAACUACGCUUCUAGAUCAGAUAUACACAGGGAUGACAUGAACAAAAAAGAUUUAGAACGUACUGUAUCUAUGGACUGUAAUGAUUAUGAAGAUGGACCGAAUUCAUUCAACAUGGUGAGAUCCAAUAGUACGAAGCCACUAAUGCGUCCCGAGUUGAUGAUGUCUAGAGAUAAAAUGAGUCAAAUUAUUCACCAACCCCCACCAAUGGACCAAAAUUCGUGUUGGAAAUCAUGGAUGUCCAAAUUUCCUACUAGGUCUAAACGCAUAGAUGUUAUAUCUCGUAUACUUUUCCCAAUGGUAUUUGCUAUGUUUAAUAUGUCCUACUGGUCCACAUAUUUAUUCCGCGAAGGCGAAGACGAAGAAAAAUAAAUCUUUCUUUCGUUCAAAUAUAAUGAUAAAAUCUUUUAAGCCCUGUGAUAUUUGGCAUCUUUCGUUGAAAUUAUAUUCCUUACAUUUAAUAUUUUUGUUUGUUUUUAUGUUCAUGAUAAUUUUAUUGUACGUUUCACAAAUUUUUAUCUAUAUUUAUAUGAAGCUAUUUUAUUGAAUAUAUGGUUAUUAAGUUGAACACCCACUAUAAAUGUCCUUUUUAAAGAUAAUUUAUUAUACUAGACAUUCCAGAAUGAGUAGAGUAACUUAUCGUG